GGGGAAGGUUGUGUGGUUCUGCCAACCGGUCGCUGGAAGGCAGAUGCAGGCGCGCUGAGGCAAGUUUAGCUUCCCUUCGAGAGGAUCGGAAGAUCUAUCCCGAAAUGAUCCCCGAGAGAGAGGACGGGGCAGCUGUGACCUCGGGUACUCCGCCGCAGAGGCCCGAGUACCCGCCCUCAGUCGAUGUGGAUGUGUGUGCGGGUCAGAGGGCGGCGCCUGUCGGAUGGCGUGGGUGGGCGAAGGGCGUCACGUACGUUGUCCUCUGGUACGGCUCAAUCGUGAUGGGGUUCUUCUCCCUCUACUGCCCAGUGUUGCCUUUGCUGUUAGUACACAGGCCUACUUACCGCCGCGCCACAGAGGUCAUUUUCACAACGUGGGAAAGUUUCGCUGUGGCCCUCAUGGAAAUCCUGUACGGCGUGCGAUUCUUCCUCUCCGGCGACCUCCUCCGUCCCGGCGAGCGCUCCCUCAUCAUCCUCAACCACAGGAACCGCCUGGACUGGAACUUCUUCUGGGGCGCCCUGGCACACGCCGCCUCCCCCCCCGCCCACAACUGCAAGAUCGUCCUCAAGUCGGGCAUCAGGAAGUUCCCGGCCCUCGGCUGGAUCAUGCAGAUGUGUUGCUUCCUGUACAUCCGACGCCGCUGGGAGGACGACCAAAGACUCAUGGCCAACGUCCUCGACUACUUCAAGGACAUCAGGCAUACGUUCCAGGUCCUCCUCUUCCCCGAGGGCACCAACCUGACCCCGGAGACGAAAGCGAAGAGCGAGAGUUACGCCAAAAAGGCCGGCCUGCAGCCCUUCCAACACGUCCUCAUCCCGCGCACGACGGGUUUCACUUACCUCGUCAACAGGAUGCGCUCAGGUCAGGACUCUCAGUCGGUGCCUCUGAUGUGUUCGAUGUAUGAACCAUGGGAUUGUGCUGUCUGGAGAUUCCCUACUCCAGUUGACAAUAAUUUAAUCAUCAGUAGUUCAAUGUUUGGAUAUUCUGGCGGCGGCAUCGGUAGAGCGUGUGACUCCCACUUGCAAGACCCGGGAUCGAGACCAGAGUAA